UGUGCCUCUAACUGUCGCGUGCAAGACAUUGGCAAUGGCAUAAUAUUUGUAUAUUUUAUCUCCCAAACCUUGUUUAUUACUUGUUAGUUAUAAUAAAUAACCAAAACCUAGGUACUUACCUAAGUAGUGAAGUAUACCUAGCAAAGAGCAAAAGUAUUUGUUCGCGUGAAACUUAGUCAGUGACUCAAUCGAUCUAUGCAAAAUGUAUUCGAUUCUAUGUAAAAAAGAGGAUGUUCUGUAUUCGUCUGUUUUUUUUUUUAUAAAAUCUUUUUUUUGCAUAAUGAAAGCAAGGGUCCACGAUUGCUUCCAUCCUAAUUGUAUUACCAUCUAAUCUUACAUUGUGGAUUUGAAAUAAAGAGUAUGAAUGAAUAUCAAUUAUAAAAUCGAACUGUAAAGAUGAGAGUCACCAUUGCGUGAAUAUACUUGAAUUAUUUUUAAAGGCUUUUCCAGCAAUUUUAAAUAAAAUAAUAGCUUUGUUUCGUUUUCAUAAAAAGAUGUCAAAACAGAGUACCUAGUUAAAAAUAUAUCUUUGUUUUUCAGAAUUGAGCAUCGCCGUAUUAGGUAAUGGGAAUCCUGUAGACAUUUUACGUUUCAAACUUCCUAGUUUGAAAGAGUGGAAGCUUCCUAGCUUCCACACUUUUCUUGGGGCGUAUGUACCUAGUAGGUUGAGUUUGAAAUCUUGUAUUUGAGUCUCUUUUGUGUCGCCGCGUCGUGUUGGCCGAGCUGUUAAAAGUUACAUUCAUGAGGUACAGGUUUGAUCCGAACGGAGGUAAGCACCAAUGUGAGCUUUUGAAGCUAUAUGUACCAUCCUAAUAAUUAUAUAGCACUGAAAAACGUCCUAAGAAAAACAUCGUGAAUCAGAAAACUGGAUUCUAAAUCUUGGAAUCUGACUUGCCAACCCGAAGUGAGCUAGCGUCGUGAUCGUGAUAAAUUCAAAUCUAGCCUUCAUUAGGCUCAUGUGGGAAAAAUGACAAAUAUUUAGUUUUGAUAAAAAAUAUUAAUUAAGUGUGUAUGAUGAAUUGAUGUUACAGUCGUAUUUGCAUGCAUCGACUAUAGACUUCUUUAAUCAUUGAAACUGGCAAAGAAUUGUAUUGCUCAAGGAAACAUUCACCGAAAAAUAGUUUAUACCAAAAUGAAUAUAGAGAUUGUAUUAAUUCAAAACACCUAAUGUAACAUGAGUCUGCAGGCUACAGCGACGCCUAUCUGUAGCGCAAUCCGGGCACAGUACAAAAAUAAAAGCAGCGCGCCUAGAAGGCGGGCGGACCACAUAAACAUAACGAUCACGCCCCCAGUCAAAACAUUGAAACGCAUAAAAAUAUAAAAUAAGACAGACCGGAGUCCAGCCUAGAGUAGUGAGGCAACCGAAAAAUCCAAGCUGUAUAAUUAUGUAGCUACCACCGACUCUACCGGCGCGGGCGCGGGCGAGCCAAUUUAAAUUUACUGCGAACAGCGCACGUGUCCUACAAAAUGAAAUCCCACUACCGCAGAGAAACACGCACGAAAAAAAAUAGUAGAAAAAUAUACCGCAGGCGCCACCCCCUUGACGUUAGUGGCUGCUUACUUCAACCACGCCUGUUUCUAAGCGCUACUAUCGCUUUCUCUUUCGAUCGUACGUCACGUAGGUCUCCCCGUCUUUGUCUGCGGUGCGCGGCCGGCGGAAAACGCCAGCUUUGGGUUCAGUACGCGUUUGUGCGUCGCGCGUGUUUGGUGUGUUGUAACGCCGCGCGAUCGUCGCGGUGUGUUGUGCAGUGCCGUGUACAGGGUGCCGAAGUGGCGGGUUUCCUUGCCGCAGGACGGGGGGCCCAUGCCCCCUUUCAUCAGCACCACAUUGGUAAAAGACGUGGCGAGGCAGGCGGCGCGAUGGCGUGCGCCGGCUGCGAGAAGCCGAUCCUGGACAAGUUCCUUCUGCACGUGCUGGAGCGCGCGUGGCACGCCGCUUGCGUGCGCUGCGCCGACUGCCGCGCGCCGCUCGCCGACAAGUGCUACUCGAGAGACAACAAGCUCUUCUGUAGAAAUGAUUUCUUUAGGCGGUACGGCACCAAGUGCAGUGGCUGCGGGCACGGCAUCUCGCCCUCGGACCUGGUCCGCAAAGCUCGCGAGAAGGUGUUCCACCUCAACUGCUUCACGUGCCUCGUCUGCCGGAAGCAACUCUCCACCGGCGAAGAACUCUACGUCUUGGACGACAACAAGUUCAUAUGCAAAGAGGAUUAUCUCGCCGGGAAGGCGCCGACACAGCAUUCGGACUCGCUGCUAGGCUCAGGGUCUGACGAGGAGGAGGAGGACGAGUCGCGCGCAGCCAACAACUCGAGCAGUCCUGCGCACGCGCCGCAUCCCGCGCUACACUCCGACCUCUCACACAACGGCGAUGCUAAGCCGCAUGACGAUUCUGAAGACCAGUUAUUCCUCUUCCAUUCCCAGGGUUCGUUGGACGGGGACCCGGAGACUAGGGACUCGCAGGCGGAGAACAAGUCCCCGGACGACGGCAACGGGGGCUCCAAGCGUAGGGGACCGAGGACGACGAUCAAGGCGAAGCAGUUGGAGAUUCUGAAGUCGGCUUUCUCGCAGACGCCGAAGCCGACGAGGCAUAUACGAGAGCAGUUGGCGAAGGAGACCGGACUACCCAUGAGGGUGAUACAGGUGUGGUUCCAAAACAAGCGAUCGAAGGAGCGUCGUCUGAAGCAGCUGACGUCAAUGGGCCGGGGCCCGUUUUUCGGCUCGUCUCGCAAGAUGCGCGGCUUCCCGAUGAACCUCUCCCCAGGAGGGCUAGAGGAGGGCCCGCCGGGGUUUCCUUACUUCGCGACAGCAGAUGGCAAGUUCGAGUUUGGCUAUGGCCCGCCGUUCCACCAUGAUGCGCCGUUCUUCCAUCCGCCUCCGACCAUGCCCUUCAACCAGCCAGGUCGUUUCGCAGGCGGUAUGGAGACGCUUCCCGGCGGGGAGUUUCCCGAGCAGUUCCCUCCACCUGACCACCUGGUGCUGCCGCGGCCCUCCUCGCCCGAGUUCACCUUCGGCGACGGCCCGCCGCCCCUGCACCCCGAGGGGCUGGUCUGGUAGCUCAAGCCGGAGCCGCGGGACUUCCACGACUGAUGCGGCUCGACAGGCUACAAAGUGGACUUUAACAGUGCUAUUAACUGAAUAUUACAAUGAACGACAAAAGACGCAGUGUUUAUGUGAUUUUAGUUCCGUUAGGUUAGUUCCCGCUUUCAGCUUCUCAGGUUUGUUGUCAUUAUGUUGGCAAUGGUUUUCUGUUGUAGAUUUGGUGCUAUCAAUUUUAUUUUUUAAGUUUCGAACCAUGCUUUCUGUUCGUCGUUUGUUUUGCGAGUAUCUGUGGUGAGCGAUCUUUUUUUAAAUGUGUGUUCCAUGGUAUUAAAACUCUUUGGUUGAAAUAAAAAAGAUCUAAGAUAUGACCUUGAUAAUAGACAUUCGUUCUAAUGGAUGGGCCUCACUCAUUAACCUUUUUACAUAAAUCAAAUCCCGGUUAACAGAUGCACGAGUGUUUACAAUUUAAAGUAGCUCGAAUCGAUUUCGCAUCGUUUACUUUUUGAAACCAUUAAAUUACUUAAUCGAUCGUUUUGUUUUACAUUGUGAAUAAGCCAGGCAUUGUGAAUACUUAGAAGUACAUGUACAGAUAGCUAUUGUAAUAGAUAAUUUAUUAAGUUAAAUAGAAGGAAUAAUUUAUUUACAAUGGGUUACAUAACAUAACUUAUAUAAGAGUAAUUUUGGUUCCUAUACUAAGAUAGAUACAGUUUGAGCAUUUUUUUUGUAUAUUUAUUAUUAAUUAAUAUCUUAUUCGUUAAUUAAGUACAAUCUGUUAGUGUAACGAUAGAUGGACAUAAUUGUAAAUAAUCGGUGUAUAUAAAUGUAUCGUUUAAGGUAAUAUGUACUUAAUUAUUAUUAGAAUAAGUAUCAUUGUACGUUAGCCGACCAUUAUAGUUUUGUUUUUUUACAUCUAACAACUAAAUCGUGCUUAUUCAUUUUAUGUUUGUAAAUAAUUAAAAAAUGGGAAAA